AUAUUUUACAUUAAUUUUAUAACGAGGCCAAAAUUGUUCACCAAAGAAAAAGGGGAAAAUAGCGUUAUUUCAGACCAUCUAAACAGCCAUGGCUCCUAACAACACCUUGGCAAUAUGGGGCAACGAGAAGACCAUGAACCUAAACACCCUGAUCCUCACCAACAUACAAUCCUCCCCCUACUUCAAGGUGAACCUGUACGAGAAAAAGACAUAUCAUGAAGUCAUUGAUGAGAUUUUCUACAAGGUGUCACACCUUGAACCCUGGGAGAAGGGCAGCAGGAAGACUGCAGGACAGACAGGCAUGUGUGGAGGGGUUCGAGGUGUUGGUGCCGGAGGUAUAGUCUCCAGUGCCUACUGCCUGCUGUACAAACUGUUCACCCUGCGACUUACACGCAAGCAGCUGGUGGGACUGCUGGACCACGCAGACUCACCCUACAUCCGGGGGCUGGGGUUCAUGUACAUCAGGUACUGCCAGGACCCGAAAGACAUGUGGGAAUGGUAUGAACCCUACCUGGACGACGAUGAGGAGAUCGACGUGAAAGCAGGGGGAGGUCAUGUGAUGACCAUCGGAGAGAUGCUGCGACAGUGGCUGGUGAAGCUAGAGUGGUAUGCGACCCUGUUUCCACGGAUACCGGUGCCCGUACAGAAGGAUAUCGACAUCAAGAUGCGGGAGCGCAACAUGCAGAGGUUCGAGGUUGAACAGGAGGAGGCCCAGCCGAGACACAUCGCUGAUGAUGAGCUGAACUUCGGAGAGGCUGAAAGAUAUGCAGUAACUGCAGCUACUAGAGCUAGGUCUCCUACUCCACCAUACAGGUCACGACCCCGAACUCCACCCCCACGACCUGACCGUCACAGGUCACCCCCAAGAACCAGAGUGUCCCCCAGUCGACACAGGCCUCACCACAUUUCUCCCACCAGACAGAGACAGCGAUCUCCACAGAGACCCAGGUCUCCACAUCGGCAACGCUCACCCAGGCCACGGGAGGGGGAACCAGCAAUUAGAACUAGAGAUGGGGAACCUGCGUCUAGAAAUAGAGAUGGGGAACCAGGGUAUAAAACAAGAGAAGGGGAACCGGCAUUGAGAACAAGAGAUGGGGAACCAGGAUUUAGAACUAGAGAUGGGGAACCAGCGUUGAGAACUAGAGACGGGGAACCAAUGGACUUUUCUAGGGAAUUGCAGCGAGAAAAGGAGAGGCAAGGGAGACAACCAUCGGAAGACCGGUCACGUCCCGAUGAAGAUGAUGAUGACGACGACGACCCGAUUAAUUUUGCCAAGAAACUUUUGCGCAAAAAAGAAAUGCAGCAGCAAGGAACGGCACUCACCUUCCGGGAGAAACUUGAGCAGCGAGCGAAAUCAUUGGAGGCACAGAAACUGAACGAGACUGAAAAACAUCACAAACAAGCUCGAUCGAAAGACAAAAAUGAUUCUGUGACAGAUUCUAAGGAGAAAAGUAGAAAAAGAUCUGGAUCAAAAGACAAAAAUGAUUCUGUGACGGAUUCUAAGGAGAAAAGUAGAAAAAGAUCUCGAUCGAGAGACAAAGAUGUUUCUGUGACAAAUUCUAAGGAGAAAAGUAGAAAAAGAUCGCACUCAAAAGAAAAAGAGGAUAAAAGUUCACAUGAGAUGUCAAAACACCACAGGACGCAUGAAAAGAAGUCGAAAAAACACCACAAGGAACGGUCUGGAGAGAAAGAAAAAAAGAAACACAAGUCUAAGCACAGGUCCAGAUCAAAAAGUGUAGAUAGAAAUGGACAUCAGCCAUGAUAUCUUUCAUUAGGGGUCAGAAAAAAAAUCAAUACAGGUUUUAUGUUAAUCCUACCAAACUUUCAAGACAAUGCAUGAGUACUACUGCAAGCGUUCAUGACCAAAAAAAUGUUCUUGACCUUUGGAUAUGCUUUUCACAUAUAAAAAGAUGUGUCAAGUAGAAUGAUAAAAAUGAACUACAGCCUAUUUUGUUAAUUUUGUCUCCACCACAUAAAGGUGAGUUGACAUAUUGAAGAGCAGCUAUAUGUUGGGUAAGAUGGUUGGUAUGAUCAUAUAUUAUACCCCCGUAAACAAAGUUUGGGGGGGUAUAUAGGAGUAAGCUUGUCUGUCGGUCGGUUGGUCGGUCUGUUGGUGGGUCCGCUCUCUUAUUCAAGUUGUUUUCAUCCGAUCUUCACCAAACUUGGUUAGAUGUUGAAACUAGAUGAUGUGUAGGAAAAGUUCGAAUAUGGGUCAUGCCAGGUCAAAACUAGGUCAUGGGGUCACUUAGUGCGUUUUAAACAUGGAGCAUGGUGUCCGCUCUCUAAUUCAAGUAGUUUUCAUCCGAGCUUCACCAAAUGUGGUCAGAAGUUGUAUCUAGAUGAUGUCUAGGCAAAGUUCGAACAUGGGUCAUGGCAGGUCAAAAACUAGGUCACGGGGUCACUUAAUGCGUUUUAAACAUUGAGCAUGGUGUCUGCUGUUUUUCUGUGAAGACAACAUGCAAAAUAUUCUGUGUCAAUGCGGCCUGUGGGGGUUUUCAUCACGUCUGUGACAAAGCUCUUGUUGUGUCUGGUCUAUGACUUUAUUGUGCAUUUAUUGGAUUUCAAACUAAAUUUGCACCACAUGAACGCUGUGACUCUUGCAACAACUGUUUUCUUUUUAACCCUUUCAGUGCUGGAACCGAAUUUUGAAGGCCUUUGCAAACAGUUUGUAUCCAGAUGAGAUGCCGCAAAACGUGGCGUCUCAUCAGGAUCCAAACUGUUUGCUAUUCUGAUAGUAUUAUUGAAAAAAAAUCAAAGAAAAUGCUAAUUUUAGAAAUUCAGCAGAAGACAUUUUAGCAGACGACAAAUUACCCAGCAUGCAAAGGGUUAAAAAGUUAAGGUCACAAUGGACACUAAGCUCGUGCAUAUUCCUUUAAUGGAUAUAUUGAAAAUACAUGUUAGCGUCCAACCCAUUCUUUAUAGAGCAUGAUGGGAAUUUGACAUCAAAUUUUUCAAAUGACCAUCAUAAUUAUCAAGAUGAUGUUUUGUGUAUAAAAACCAGCCAUGAAAGUGAAUAUCACUCUUAAGAGGUUAAAGGUCUUUACUCUUAUCAUGUCUGUAAUUUCAAUUAUUUAUUCAUAGGGAGAUAUUGAAUUCAUCAUGGUAUAUGUUCAAUGCCAGGAUCAUAUUUUAUAUUAUGUUAAAAUCUUUUAUGAUGGACAUUGUGUGUAUUUUAUGACCCAACCAUACAUUCAGAUAUAAUCUUAUACAGUAAGGAAACAUAAUAAAUAAUGUGUCACAUGCCAAAACUGGCCUGCUAUGGUCAUGGUCUCGUAAAGUCUUAUUCAGAAUAGAAAAGAACUUGUUCAAGUACAGAGAGUUUGUACAAUUGGGCGGAAAACAAAUGUGUUUGUUCCGAAAAAAGUGUCUAGUUCUAAUUAGACAUGUACAUGUAUGGUUAUCCAAGUUGAGUUUGAAAUGAAGAAAUUGAACUCUUCAGAUGAUUCAUUUUGGGUAUUUGCAAUAAUUUCUUACAAAAUGAGUUUCAGGUUUUGAAAUGGUAACUCAAGAAAGCUGAUGUUUAACUGUUUUUAAUUAGUGAUUUUACUAUAAAGUGGAAUUUUAAUUGUUUUUAAUUCUUAAGAGGACUGUAUUACAUAGAAAUAUAUAACCAUAACAUCAGUUCAGACUGAAGCCUGUAUGCUCAACAUCAGUAGUUGGUGCACAGGAGCAUAUCUGUUGAUGUUAUACCAUUCAUUGCCUCUGUUGAGUACAGUAUGGAAUAUUUCAUGUUUUUUUGGGGGGAAAAACAAAAGUUCUCUUAUAUUCUAGCUGUGUAGUUUUAUGUAUGUAUCAUAUAAAUCAUGACAGUCAAUUGUACUUUCACAAUAAAUCUUUUUAAUCUU